UGGGAUUGUGGGAUCUAAAGGAGCUCCAAGGCCAGGAGAGAGACGGAGCUUUCUGGGACCAGGAACUACAGCAGUGCGGGGAAGGAGAAGGAUCUGUGCUGAGAGUGGAAGAAGGUUGGUUUGUCUGUCAAUAACCUCCUUGACCAGCCGUUGCCAUGGCAGCUGAGAAAGCUGAAAUGGAUGCACUGAAAAAGGAGUGUGAUGCACUCCGUACGCAGAUUGAGGCUGCUCGUAAAGCAGCAAAUGAUGGGAGCAUGUCAGCGGCUGCAGGUGGAGUGGCUUCAGUGGGUCGGGUCCAACUCAAACUCAGGAAGAACCUGAAGGGUCACCUGGCAAAGAUCUAUGCCAUGCACUGGUCAGCAGAUUCCAGGUCAAUGGUCAGUGCAUCACAGGAUGGCAAGCUUCUGGUCUGGGAUACUUUCACCGGGAAUAAGUUGGUCGCCGUUCCUCUCAAGUCUGCCUGGGUGAUGAGUGUCGCCUUCGCCCCCUCAGGAAACCUGGUGGCCAGCGGUGGUCUGGAUAACAUCUGCACAGUCUACAACAUCAAGGCUGCCAGCCCAAAGACCCUCAGGGAGCUGGAUGCACACACAGGUUACCUGUCCUGCUGCCGUUUCCUUAGUGACUCAGAAAUUCUGACAGCCUCCGGUGACACCACCUGCUGCCUGUGGGACCUGGAGACCGGCAAGCAGAAGAUUAUCUUCACCAACCACAUUGGAGACUGCAUGUCGCUGGCUCUUUCUCCUGACAUGAACUACUUCAUCUCUGGAGCCUGCGACUCUCUGGCCAAACUGUGGGACGUGAGGGAAGGAGCCUGCAAGCAGACCUUCUCUGGACACACCAGCGACAUCAAUGCCAUUGCUUUCUUCCCCAGUGGAAAUGCUGUCAUCACAGGCUCUGACGACUGCUCCUGCAAGAUGUACGACCUGCGCGCCGACCAGGAGGUGCUGGACUACACGGACUCCAGCCUGAACGCCGGCGUCACGUCUCUGGCUCUGUCCAACUCGGGCCGCCUUAUCUUCGCAGGUUAUGAUGACUUCAACUGCCACAUUUGGGACUCCCUGAAGGGGGAGAAAGUCGGCGUGCUGUCUGGCCAUGACAACAGGGUGAGCUGCACCGGCGUCCCCGAAGACGGCAUGGGCGUCUGCACAGGAUCCUGGGACAGCUUCCUCAAACUGUGGAACUGAAGCAGGACGUGAUUGAGAACACACCUGGAAGACAAGAGAAAGAGGGAGGGAGGAAGGGGUGAAGACAGGAAGGAGGAGAAAAACAAACAAAACCGGAGACAAUUGUGCAACAUGAACCCUUCUUCUCUUCCUGUUUUUCUCUCCUCUUUUUCCAAAACUAAGCAUGCAAAUCAUUUGCAAAUUAGCCAUUUGUGUUAAUGGCAUCAGGUAAAACUGCACAGCUCAUCCCGCUGUGCACAUGCCAGCUUUAAUGUCACUGAGAAAGUGUAAAUGCUGAAACUUAUGAGGGAUAAAAUGACUAAAUUCUUCUUAAAAUCAUCAAACAAGUUUAGAUUUUUAACAAUUAAAGAAAAAAAACGUAAAUAAUAAUUUAAUUCAUAGAAUAACAGAUUACUUUAUUUUUGUCUUUAAGUUUUUUGACCUGUAAAAGAGCCCUGCACCUAGAUAAACGGCUUACAUGUACAUUCAUUUGUUUUUGUGAUUUUACAGUUAGAAUGGAGGCUUGAUGCACAGUGUCUUUUAUUUGGUACACAUUUAGUAAAAAACAUCUCCUGCUAACAAACAGCAAGUUUGUUUCAUUUACUAAUGAGUUUUUCAAAUAAAUGAUGGUCCACAUUUGCUGCAGCCAGGCAGAAAGACUGAAAAAUACUGUAAAAUAAACUGUAAACUUGAUUUUAUUCCUGACUCAGCUCAGUGGCAAUUUGUAGUUCCUGUACACUUGUGUAUCUCCUGUGUAAAAAAGGCAAAAUGUUUGCUGGGAACCUUUCUAAUAAAUAGAGUUCUGCAUUAA